CUUCUUAGUGCCUCCAUUCUUCAUCCAUCACGUUCCCUGUGUUUUCACUCCAUGUGUCUGGCUGUUAUGGUCCGUUGUGUGUAUGCUGUAAUUUUGUUUGUUUGUUUUUGUUGUUUGUCUUUCUAGUGUUUGCGUUCACACCCAGUUGGAACCAAUCACCUAAUCACUGCACCUGUGAGCCUUCAGAAUCGUCCUGCUUCCAGGCUGUGGUGUCAGAUCGUCCAUGCUCCCACACUUGGACAGCUGACUUCUCUUGCUCUCCUUGUGUUCUCUGGUGCUCGAGCUUUUUGUUGGCAAGCUAACAAGCUAUCUUCCCUGUUCAUUUCAGGUUUUUCUACUUGGUUCGUACAGAUAUUCUCUCCCGGUUUGUGACGCCCUUGGUUCCUCCUUCUGGCAUUUGGGUCCAGUCCUUCAGGCUUCCGUGACACUGGUCUCCUUAACUUUGCCUCCAAUCUUGUCCACAUGAGCAGCACUUGUUUAUAAUCUUGUCUUUCCUAGUUACUUCCAAUGAAAACCUGCACUUCUGAAGCCCUGUUUUGGCCCCUGUUUUUAGAAACAGAGGAAUAUAUCCUCAUUGGCACCCUUCGUUUAUACGCACACACUCUCCAUCUCCAUCUACAUCCAUGGAGUGAUUCAAUGGCAAUGAUGCAACUGAAACUGAAAAAAAAACACAGUUGUAGAUUUCAAUAUAUACUUCAAUAUAAUUCAAACUUCCGCCGUGUCCUUGUUUCUCGUCUAAUCCCAUUAGACCAGCUCCUGUGUAAUCCCGCCACAGUCUUCAGACCGGUGCACAGCAUCACAGCGUCUUCGCUGCAGCUCUAUGGGAUGCUGGACCUUGACUGAACUCUCAGAAUGUUGAGCUGGGUGGUCAAAGUGGUUCCUCAGCCACCUGAUCUUCAACCCACAAAGGCUGAGGAGCAGAAAGAAGAGAAACCAGCAGCUGAGCAGCCGACUGCAUCCAAGCCGGAGAAGAGAGUAACAUUUCAAGAUGAAUGUCAAACAGAAGCUCCAAAAAUUGACAAGCCCAAGCAAGAAAUCAGGACGGAAGAGGAGAAAAAUUUUACAACACCUGCAUCAACUGUGCUGACUUGGAUCAGCGCCGCAAUGCCACAACCCGUCAUCCCCUCUAAACAAGGCAAAGACGGUGCGCUCACCCAGGUGGAAACUCCACCCAGCAGUAAUCCAGGAGAGGAAAUGAAAGUGAUGACGUGGAUCACGCAGAGUCUGGAUAAGGUCAUGCCACAUCCUGAGCUGAAGAACAAAGAACCAACAUCAGAGACUGAAGUGUCCGAAAUAGUAACAGCUCCAGAACCGGCACCCCAAGUUGCUGUUAAGGAGGACGAGCCGGAAAAGGAGGACCACCCGGAGAACAAGUCCGUCCCGCCAAGGAUGAUUGACUGGAUAAAGCAGAGUAUUGAGAAGGUCGUUCCUCAACCAGACGCACAUAUUCGGGCGAAGUUGGAGAACUCUGAUAAAUCAGCUCCUGCAGUAUCUAAUAAAGUUCAGGCUCCAGUAGUUGAGUUGGAUAAAUCUUCCAAGGACCCAGAGCAACCGCCAAAAAUGAUGGGCUGGAUUGUUAACGGAAUGAGUCGACUUUUGCCUCAGCCUGUUCUUAAACCGGAUUCACUGGGUGGUGAAGUGCAGACCAUUAAUACUGGGCCGAGCAAUACUGACCUUGUUCUGGAGGACGUUGAAGAGGAUGUGUUCAAGGUCCAUAAUAAUGAAGAGAAGCCAGAGGGCGCAGAGACCGGCCUGGAACGAUGGGGCCCAAUGAUGGAAAACAUCCAAAAAGAUGCGAACGAGGCAGUUCUAGCGAUCAUGGAGGAGCGGUUGCAGCAGGAGUGUCUUGAGGCGGCCCGCGUGGCAGAGGAAAUAGCCCGAAAGGCAGCAGAGGAGGCCAUCCGACAACUGGAGGCGGAACAGUCAGCGAAAAUUGAUAUAGAUGCCAUCCCAGAGUCGAAUGAGCACUUACCUAACAUCCUGGAAGAGGAGAAUGAGGAUGAGCCAGAGUUGCAAAACCUGCAAGAAGACAGUGAGGAGAACACAGAUAUUAUCGAUCUUCAAGAAAGUAAAGUUGCUCUCGAUGAGGAGACAAAUCCCGAUGAAACUGCGCUUCAGUAUGGCGAUGGUGCUGUGGCAAGAACCACGCUGGUGUGUCCUCCAAUCGCAGAAGAAGCUGCUCCGUCUUCAACAGAUGUUGAGCCUCCAUCAGAGCGGAGGGACAUGGAUAGUCCAGGCCCACCAAAUGAACAAUCCAAAUCACAGCCUGCUGAUGCUCAUGGUGACCCUCUCGAUCAGUACCAGGAAAAAGCUUCUGAGGACGAUGGAGUUCCAGUCCUGAAGAUUGAAGAUAUCGAUCAGCAUCAAGGAACGGGUGUCAACAUUCCUCAAAUCAUUACAACCCCGGAACCAAAGUCCACUCCGACCGUGCCAGUAAGUGCUGUCCAAGAUCUUCCUGUUGGUGACAAGGAGCUCCUGAGGUACACUCUGAAGGCAUGGACCAGCCAGGGGGAGUUGCUGAGUCCAGAGGCUCGUCCUUAUUCAGCAGCAAGCGUCAGCAGCGUGGGCAUCCAGGACCGCCUGAGUGAACUUGUCAGGCUGUUUCAAGGUCGUACCGAACAGAAAAAAGAGCGCCUGCUGGAUCCAGAUGAGUCUGAAGAGGACAGUCCUUCUGCAUCUCCCAGCAAAGCCCCUCCUGCUCCUCCUCCCCCACCUCCACCUGAGGAAGAGAAAGACUCGCCUGCUGAGGCAGAAGAGGAAGGGUUGGAGUUGGAGUUUGAACUGCUGGGCCACCCGCUCAAGAUUGGGCUGCCCAAACUCCCCCCGAUGCCUGCAUGGUUAAGAGUCAUCUUCCAAUACCGCUUUCCCUCCAGCAUUGAUCCAUACACAGAUUUCAUCUACGUCGUGUGGCUGUUCUUCGUGGUGGCUGCGUGGAACUGGAAUGUGUGGUUGAUCCCAGUGCGCUGGGCUUUUCCCUACCAAACACCUGAAAACAUCCACCUGUGGCUGCUGGUCGACUACACCUGCGACCUCAUAUACAUCGUUGACAUGGUCGUCAUCCAGACCAGGCUGCAGUUCGUCCGCGGUGGAGACAUUGUUUGCGACAAAAAGGAAAUGAGGGAAAAUUAUAUGACAACAGAAAGAUUCAAGAUGGACGUCAUCAGCCUUUUCCCCAUGGAAGUUUUCUAUUACUUCACAGGGGUGAACUCUCUGCUGAGAUUCCCUCGCCUGCUGAAGUACAUGGUUUUCUUUGAAUUUAACGACAGGAUGGAGGCCGUGAUGAAGAAAGCCUACAUUUACAGGGUGAUCCGCACAUCUAGCUACCUUCUUUACUCCCUGCACAUCAACGCCUGUCUGUUCUACUGGGGCUCCGACUAUGAGGGACUGGGCUCCACCAAGUGGGUCUACAAUGGACAAGGAAACGCGUACGGGUCCCUCAUGCAUGCAAACAACCUUUCCUCCAGAUGCUUAAUCAUGUUUGCAACCUCACAAAAUGGUUCACAUUUUCCAUGCAGGUAUAUACGCUGCUACUACUUUGCAGUAAAAACCCUCAUCACCAUUGGCGGACUGCCAGACCCCACAACUGUCUUUGAGAUCUGUUUUCAGCUCAUCAACUACUUUGUGGGAGUCUUUGCUUUCUCCAUCAUGAUCGGUCAGAUGAGAGACGUGGUCGGCGCAGCAACGGCCGGUGAGAGCUACUACCGGGCCUGCAUGGACAGCACAGUCAAAUACAUGAACUCCUACAACAUCCCCCGAGAGGUCCAGAACAGGAUCAAGACCUGGUAUGACUACACGUGGAAGAGCCAAGGCAUGCUGGAUGAACAAGAGCUCUUGGUCCAACUUCCUGCAAAGAUGAGACUGGACAUUGCUGUGGAUGUCAACUACGCCAUCGUUAGUAAAGUCGCCCUCUUUCAGGGCUGCGACAGACAAAUGGUGUUUGACAUGCUGACUCGCUUGAAAUCUGUUGUUUACUUGCCUGGGGACUUUGUGUGCAAAAAGGGAGAGAUCGGAAGAGAGAUGUACAUCAUCAAACAAGGAGAGGUCCAGGUGGUUGGUGGUCCAGACCUACAGACUGUCUUUGUAACAAUCAGAGCUGGUUCUGUCUUUGGAGAAAUCAGUUUACUAGCGGGUGGAGGAGGAAACCGACGAACGGCCAAUGUGAAGGCUCACGGAUUCGCAAACCUGUUCAUCUUGGAUAAGAAAGACCUGGCAGAGAUCCUGGUGCACUAUCCCGAGUCUCAGAAACUACUACGGAAGAAAGCCAAGAAAAUGCUGACCAAGGACAAGAAGCCAGAUGAAAAGGAAGGAGGCAAGGAGGCAGUGCAGGUCAUUCCUGCCCGACCAGACACUCCUCAAAUGUUCAAGGCUGCACUGAAAGUGACGGAGCAAGCAGGGAUGGCGGGAACGUUUGCUAAACUGAAGAAAGCCUACAAACCGUCUGAAGUCGCAGCAGAGGGUUCAGACUCUGUCUCUCCAAUUCCUCCUCCCCCUCCCAUGCACCGACGGUCACCAAUCCCACACACACUUCCUCAUGACGACGACGACACUGUGGCAGAGACUGCUGACAGUUCUCUGAUCAUCAGGAUGACACCGCGGAUAGAAGGAGAGGAGCUUCUCAGUGUGGAAGUUGCUACCGGCGACCAACAAGAUGAAGACAAAUAAGGGUGGCAGAAGAGUAAUAUAGGGGGAAGUUUCUAUCCUUGGAGGAUAAAAGGCAUCAGAACUUGUUGAGAAUUUGUGAACAGUACUCGACAGAGGGGCUCCAACUCUUGUUGCCACAAACUGUUUACUGUAGUGUGGUGUGUGUGUUUUACUAAGCACGGCGACUAUACAACGUGUACAUGCGCUGCCUCUACAGUGUCUUCAGGAUUUGUGCACCAUCUUUGUUUACACUUAGCUAACGUAGCAUGUCAAACCAUGAAGGUAUAAGCCGUCUGUUUGUUUCUCUGCUGCAGCUUUCACAAUGCCUUUCGCAACAUCUAUGUAAGCGCUGUUUCCCAAAAGUUUCAUUUUCCAACAUGCUCCAAUGCUCUGAUGAUUAAACAAGCCAGUUGUUUGCUGAAGCCUAGUCUGGACUUAAGUAGCUCCCAUGGGAAGAAGGUUUGCUCAUGGAAAGAUGAGAAACACCUUCAAAAAAAUGCCGUCCUGCAUUCCCACCUGUUAGUAAGAUGUUCAUAGUUAUUUCUGUUGUAUAUCAUGUGCAAAAAUGUGAUAUUCCUCUUGACCUGCUUCAUGACUGGAACAGAAGUCAGGGGAGUUUGGAUCAUUGGAGUUGCGGAACAGUGUGACAGGGGAAUCGCUAUAAUGUGAAUUACAUGCCAAGAUUUGUUUUGUUUUUGGUGGUAAUAGAUACAUUUGUUACAAUUUACAUGACAUUUGUUAUUAUCUAAGACAGUAAUGUAAACAAUGCUAUCAUAUAAUGCUUCUUUUCAUUAAUGAGUAAUGCAAGAAGAUUGACAAUGAGCCAUGUUAUAUAAUAGCUAUAUAUGUCAUAUGGUUUGUCAUUUAUGAUGCAUUAGAGAAGAACAAGUGAUAUAAAUGGUCUUCGACUGCU